AUGGCGACCUUUUAUGAUUUUGAUCCCCAGAAGCCCUUCCGAGAGCAACUAGAAGAGGAGACAGGUCCUGUUGUAUUGACAAACACUUUCACCAUUCCAGAGGGCAGAAUGGACGAGGCGAUAGAGACUUGGAGAAAGACUGCUGAGAUUUUGAGAUUUUGCCCGGGAUAUAUCUCUACUCAGCUACAUCGCGGCGUGUCUAGCCACAUCUUGAUAAAUGUGGCAGUUUGGGAUUCGGCGCACCAUCUGCGCGAUGGUCUCAACCGAGAGGACUUUAAGGCUGUGCUUGCUUCUUUUCCUCCCGGUACUGAGUGCCGCGCACAUUUGUUCCGCCGCCAAGCCGUGGAAGGUCUCAAUUUUUGCUCUCAGCUCGCCGCACACCACUUGAUAGAGGAGCAGUAUCUGUUUCCUUUCCUCGCCGAGAAGAUGCCUGAGUUUCGUCGAGGCGUCGAGUUACUGCAUCAACACGAACAAAUACAUGCCGGAAUGAACCAGCUCCAAGAGUACCUUAACCAGUGCGUUUCUGGCACGACCGAAAUGCGCAUGGAUAAGAUGAAGCAGCUCAUGGAUACUUUUGGGCCGGUGCUAUGGACACACCUGGACGAUGAAGUGCGCGCACUGGGGGCAGAAACGAUGCGACGGUAUUGGACACAGGAAGAAAUGAAGAACUUCCCUUUCUAA